AUGACCCCUCCAGGCUGUUCUUACUUUGAGAGAAACAGCCUAAAAGUAGAAGACAAAAUGAAAGCUACAAGUAUCUUGCAUUCCUCUCUCCAAGGUUUGGCGAGUACUUUACAUGAAGGGCAUUUCAUCUCAGAGCAUGAAUUGCAUACGUUACUGCGACAUCCUGUUGUUUCUUCGGAUUCAAGAAACCUUGUCUUGUUUCUUCAAGAUAUGCUUAGCGUGGAUGACUUCACACGUUACACUGACUCUUCUGGAAAUGAGGCACCAUUUCGCAAUGUUCAGGCACUGCUUAGGACUUCAUCAUCAUCUUUGGUUUUGCCAGUUGUGGACUGUGAUGCUGUCAGUCACCUUUCAGACUAUCUCCAGGAAACACUGAACUGGACUGUCGUAAAUGUGGAAGGCCCUGAUAGAUCACAGCUGAGAAUGAAUGCCUCCCAACCCAACCUAUUUGUGAUAAAUCUACACCCUACAAGGAGAGCAAAUGAACUUUCUACGCGAAAGGAAUUAAUGGAAAAUGACAAAAUAAUUGGAGAAUUUACUAAGCAUUUGCAGCUACAAGGAAUGGAAUAUUUAGCCAUUUAUACAGCCAGGAGACCUUCAACGGUGAGUAUGAGACUGGAUGUAUCCUGGCACAGUAAACGACAACUAAUGUCUGUAAAAGAAGAAAAGAAUGAUCUUUAUCCUCCACUGAAUGUGACCACUGAGGUCAAUGGGACAGACGUCAUAUGCAUCCUCUUUUAUGCCACUAAUUUCAACAUUACAACCAAAGAUGCUCACAUGGAUCUAGCAUACCGAACAUUUGUGUCAGGUGAUGUCAGUACCACUUCGUCUUAUUGUUCAGACACCAAUGCAACAUUAUCAUUAAAAUACACUAAGCCAAUGCGUGGCAUCGAGGAUUUGGAAAUAAGCUUUAUGAUGACCAACAAGUUCUAUAAAGGCUCUGCUCGAAAUUGGUUCACUCUGGAUUCUGUUCAUAUUGUACAAAAUGGAACUGCUCCUGCUAAAUUUAACGUCUUCAGCAUUUCUGGUCCUGCAGAGUAUUCAUUUCAUUGCCAGCUGGUGGGAACAAGCAACCAGUAUGGUGCAACACUGAUUCCAGACAGCAAAGAAGCAUACAACUGGAAAGUUGUUAUUUCUGAGUUUCAAAUUCAAGCUUUCAAUGUUAAAAACGUCAUGUUUUCCUAUGCAAACGACUGUACAGGAUUCUUCAGCCCUGCAAUUUGGAUGGGUUUGGUGACUUCAUUAAUUUUAUUAUUGAUCCUUACCUAUGGAAUUCACAUGAUUACGAAUCUCACAACAAACAGUAGAUUUGAUGAUCCCAAAGGUCCAGCUCUUUCAGUACCUCAGUCAGAGUAA